GCUACAUUUCUAGCCCUUUUUUAGUGUUGCUUCUGUUGUUUUUGAGUUAGUCUCGCUAAAUUGUGUAGGCUGUAUUCAAACUUGGCAUUCUCCUGCUUCAGCCUUAUUACGUUAAGAGUAUCUCUUAGUUAUUGCAGGCUGAUCAGGCCUGCAAUCUCCCAAAUGAGUGGACAGCCAAGGCUUACAUCAAGGAAACAAUUGAAAUGAUUUCAGGGCUCCAGGAGGGUUCAACCCUAUUACAGACUUUAGAGGUUUUCUGGGUUGACACCAAGACUUCCCUGAGUGGCCCGUAUUUAUUAGGUUUUCAAAGAGAGAAGGAGGAUACUGAAGAAAAUGGAGAAAUCUGGGCAGAACUGGGGAAACCCGUUAUGGAAUUCUUCAAGUAAUAUUUAGGUUAAUGUAGGAGAACUGUGUUAUCUCCAGGAAGGCCUUCACUGCAGGAAUGAGAUCCCUGCAGCUACAGUCUCUUAGCGAAUGGGGGUUGGAGGUAAACGUCCUCUGUGUGACCUUAUCUUGUCCUUUGAGGACUCAGGGCUUCACGCACCAUUACAGGCUUCAGUGGGGACCAGUGACUCACAAGGAAAUACGGAAAGCCAAUUGGUAAAUAUAAGUCCUGCUCAGAGCUGCUUUCUAGUCUCCAUCAAGCCUCGGGCCCCUAAUGCUGGGAUUACCGGCGUUGGCCACCACGUCGUCCACCCGGCGGAAACAUUUUAAACAAUUUAAAGGAAUAUUAGGAGUUAAGGGCAAACUCCUGAAUUGUAAGGGAAAAGCAGGAAGUGCUACGGAAUUCCGUGCCUGUGAAGGAAGAAUGCGGGCUCCUCCCCCAGCGCGAGCUGAGCCCUUUGUUGUGCGGUCUCAGGAGGGCUGAGCGCCCGGCGCCCAGUGAAAGCGCCGCUGUGAUCCCGGCCGGCGGGGAGGCUCCGCGCCCGAGGCUGUGAGCCUGCGCAGGGCGCAGGAGGAGGUUUCAGGGGCCGGAGGCGGCUCGCGGGGGCGUGUGCGGGGCGGGGUCGCGAUUGUGCUCCCCGCAGCGCGGAGGGCUCCGCGUGGUUUUCGCCGGUCGGCCGUCCGGAGGCGCUCGUGCCGCAGGCGCUGCGGGUGGACCGCGCGGCAGGUGCGUCCAGACCGGCCGGGAAGGAGGCGGGAACGCGCUCGGGGGAAGCCCUGGACUCCACCGGCCGCCAGCCGCCCCGGGAGACCGCCAGCCCUCCAGUUCCGGACGGCGAGCGAGGACCCCGGGACAGGGCUGCCGCGUGCAGGUGCCCCCCGUCAGCGUGCGGGACGCGCAGGGCGCGGCCACCUACGCGGUGCUCAGCUCUCCCGCGGGAAACCUCAGCCUGACCCUGCUGGCGCGCGCGGGCUACCGCGGGCGCUUCCUGCCGGGCUUCCGACCGGUGCCCUCCGCGCCCGGCCCGGGCUGGGUCAGCCACGUGGACCACUUGACCUUGGCCUGCACCGCCGGCAGCUCCCCUGCGCUUCGGCGAUGGUUUCACGACUGCCUGGGCUUUCGCCACCUGCCUCUGAGCCCAGGCGAGGAUCCGGAGCUGGGCCUCGAGGUGGCUGCAAGGUCCGGGCGUGGGGGGCUGCGGCUCACCGCCCUGCAGACCCCGACGUGCAGCGCUGUCCCCACCCUCGUGCUGGCCGAGUCCCUGCCGGGAGCCACCAGCACCCAGGAUCAGGUGGAGCAGUUCUUGGCCCGGCACCGGGGGCCGGGCCUGCAGCACGUGGGGUUGUACACUCCCAAUAUCUUGGACGCCGCGAAGGGGAUGGUGGUGGCAGGAGGCGAGCUCCUCGCGCCCCCUGAGGCGUACUACCGGCAGCCUGGCAAGGAGGGGCAGAUCCGUGCGGCGGGGCACCAACCUAGCCUUCUGGCGCAGCAGGGAAUCCUGAUAGAUGGUGAGAAAGGCAAGUUUCUGCUACAAGUCUUCACCAAGUCCCUCUUUGCUGAGGGCACCUUCUUUCUGGAACUGAUUCAGAGGCAGGGGGCCACAGGCUUCGGCCAGGAGAACAUCCGGGCACUAUGGCAGUCAGUGGAAGAGGAAGCUACCAGGAGCCAGGAAGCCUGAAGGGACCCUGAGCUGGGAGCACUCACCGGUCCCGUUGCCUUGGGGGUCCCGGCACAGGGUCUGCUGGUUCUGAGCCACACCCACGGAGCCCGCCGGUGAACAGCUCCGCUCUCAGGGGCCCAGUGUGGCCUCCAGUUGAAGCUCCCUGGGCUCCAAAGUGGAACUUUUUUUUUUUUCAAACUCAAGUUAUUUACAGUUUAAUAUCUAAUACAUACGCAAGAUAUAAAGAACAAGCAAAGAAUUACACCAUUAGGUCAAACAGAACCCGUAUUUUUGAAGCCCUUAUAAUCCUCUCUGAUCACAUUUCUUCCCUCCUCCAAUUUUAAUUAUUAACCCUUUGUUUUUCUGUAAUGUUUCACUACAUAUGAAACAUAUCCUGAAGUAUUUAGUUUUUGAGGUAGGAAUUUGAGCCUAAAUCCUCCUGUGCUUCCCUUCCUAAGGGAGCGACCACCGCAGGUGGGGACAAACUGAGUCAGGAUUAUCACAAUCACCUGCCCUAGGUGACGUCACUACUCCAGUCAUAGCUGACCUGAGACCUAGAGUGAAGGCGUGGGCGUCAGCCCUGGCAGGUGUUCCCUGCAGCAGCUGCCACUUUCUGCAGGGGAAGGGGAAGCAGGUGCUUUGGAGGGAACCCCGUUUGCCCAGGCUA